AUCCAGUAAGAAAAUUUCUAAAUUGAUCACCAGAAAAACAGGUCAAAUGCUUCAUUCAAACCGACCUAUCAUUGCAGCGCGAAAAGAUAUGCUAUAUUGCACUAACCAUGAUCGGUAUUGUGCUUUACAAUAUGAUCAUCCAUCAAUUAAGACAUAAAAAAUGUUUAAGCAAUGGCCCAGUCUCACGCCUCUGUAGUAUGAAACCCACAAGUGCACUGAAUAGUCAGUGUCUCGCUUUUGUUCAGCACAUAAAUAUUGUGCUUAUAUGUAUACGUAAGAGCGUGUACACAGUAGGUACAUGGAAAUUUUGACUGUUCCAGAAAAGAAGGCUUGAUUAGCUGGAUGAUAACUAUAGUUUUUGGUGGUUUGCAAUCAAUCCCUUGAGAUUUGUAAGACGAAUGUAUGCUAGCCAUGUUUAGAACGUGUACACAGUAUGUAGUUUUGGGCCGUUCAAUGAAAGGAAGCUUGGUUAUCUCGACGUUAACUGUACUGUAGUUCGCUCAUUUGAAUCUGUUGCUGCUGGUAAAUUCACUGCGAAUCCGAAUGCCUUUUCUCUCGUGUAAACGUGGUCUCCUGCUCCUCUACAGGAACCUGAUGUAUGGAAUCUUCCCUCGAACCGCCAGCCAACCAAACAAAGCUUCGUAAGACGUCUUAGCCUGCGAAAGCGGAACAACAAACGACAACAAAGACCACAGAUUACGAUGACGUCACCUGUACAACAUGAUAAUACAAGGUUGUCAGAAUCAAUCUCGUAUGAUUCGUUCAGUGGCUCUACAGAAUGGAGUAAUGAAGAUGUUUCUCCCAAUAAUAAUCUUGACUAUGAUAAUCCUAGGUCAUCAUAUUAUCAGAAGCCUGCAAGCGCUCUACGUGAAAGCUCAUCUCAUGAUGAACGUUAUAGAUCACCAAGCAUAGUAGAUCAAUAUACAGAUGCGUGGAAUCGGAGUACAACAUUCUCCCCGACAAACGAAUAUCAAAAUGGUUAUUCCACUUACGAUCAACCUAGCGGUAUAAAUUAUUAUAGUAAUCCUGGUACUAGCGGGGUGAGUAUUGUUGCGCAGCUAGAGACGAAACCUUGUUCCGCACACAAAGAAUGCCACUUUUUACAUUUCUGGCUGGAUUUAGGUUAAUUUUCAUGGUUAAAUUUCCUGGGCAUUUUAUUAAUAUACAACCAGGCAUGUACGUUAAUUUAUGCAAGACAAAAUGAAACGUCAUCUUUGCCGCUGAUAUAAUAGUCGUAUUACCCUGUAUAUAUGUUAGAGGAAUGUCCGUCUUGCUGGCAUCAUACUUUAUAUACAAGUGGAAAUCCUAGUCCUCAAUUCUAUCAUAAACAGUUGUGAAAACCAUGGUGUAAAAUUUAUUGUGGAUGUUCUCGUAGUGUAGUUCAAAACCACCAUACAUUUUCUUCUCAUGCCUAAUACUUUACGUUAUUUGUUUAGGACUAUGAUCCGAAUGGCACAUCAAAUACGAAACCUCUGUCAGCCACUGAAGGUAUGGUGGAUCAAGACAAUGAAAGUGUGGAUGGUAUUUCUCAAGGAGAACCUACAGGACCCAGUUUAAAUCCAUUUGAUAAUGAUGAUGAUGAUUAUGUUGUUGAAGACGACAAGUAAGGCAUGAUAUUCAUGUUGUAGAAAUUUGAUAAUUUUUUACAAAAAAACUAAAGCAUUGAUUAUAACAAUUUCGCUUGGGUCUUACAAAUGUCCUAUCAACUGUGCGUUUGUUCAAUGACGUUACUUAAUUUUUGCUACGUAGUUCCAAAGGUCCAUGCAACUGGAAAGUACUUGGUUCCAAGGAUAUUGUUUUGGAAUUUUUACAUGCCUGGUACCAUAUAAACUUGUGAUACGAUUUUGUUGCUUCACUUGCUUGUCAAGAAAAUGUUUUGUGUUCCUUCUCUCGCUUUUAUACUUAUGAACAGUGCUAAUCAAAUAAUAUACGUUUAAUUUCAAUGAAAACUGCCUAUGAAUGAAAAUGAAACGUUUGUUUCGGUGAAAAUUUGAGCUUGCCGGUCGAAAGACUAAUAAAGAAACAUGAUGUUUUCUACUAGAGGUGAGCCGAUCAUCGGCAAAACAUCGACAAACCCGAUUAAUCGGCUUGUUUUUUUCACCAUCGGAAUGGUCAGCGGUGUUAGUAAAAAAUAUUGAAAUUUCAAAUCUUUGGUGUGGAAACACUGAUCGAAAGUGGAAACACUAUGUUUUUUUAUUUCCCGCGUUUUUGACCGUGUUUUCGGCUUUUCGCAAUUCGUAAGUUUGCAAUUUUUAUCGUGGUCCGUGACUCCGUGGACCAAUCAGAUCUCACCAGUAACACGAUGUUGAUUUCACGAUGCUGAGCCGAAAUGUCGCCGUGUUCCUGGAUUUUCUUACGCCUGGAGAAUACCUUUGUCGUCGCGUUCCUUUAAGUCACCUGCAUCAGCAGUUUUAGUAAUAAUAAGCAACCAUCGGUGUUGCCGAUUAAUCGGCCGAUGGUCAGUAAAUAUCGGCUCUUAACAAUCGGUAUCGGCAAUCGUUGACAACUGUUGAAUUCAGUUUUCGCGUGAUAUGAAGAAUUAUAAAGGCAGUAGUUUGUGUUAUCAACCGAAGCCGAAGGCUGAGGUUGGUAACCCAAACUGAGGCCUUGAUACCGUAUAUGUGGGUUCAAUUCGUUGAAAUAACGACCAGUUUCCCAUUGCAGAAAAUCUUCCCUUUUUUUAUCAUAAGUACUUUUAGAUGCUUCAAAAAAACUUUCGUGGCUGUUUUCGUUGAUAUUUAAAAAUUCGCUUUCCACGGCUGAAGGCGGCGCCAUAUUGUUUUGGUCGUGUUUCCACAUGUCGUAUUCACAUUUAAAUACAGUUUUACCUCCUCUAUUUCACAGAAUGACGUCACUCCGUCUAAUAUUAUGUUAAAACUCAUAUUUGGUCAGCUGUUGAGUUGUUAUGACGAUUUCCUAGUUGGCUGUUAAUCAAUCAGAAAUUAUUUUAAAUAUAUUAACUUGUCUAUUCUUUUUAGUGUUGACACUGGAACACCCUUGAUAAACGGCGAUAUUAUAGAAAACGAUAUACCCGAAAACACGGCAGAUAUUCCUGGUGUCCCUGUCCGUGCUAAAUAUGAUUACGAAGCUAGUGAGGACGAUGAACUGUCAUUUCAUGUUGGUGAUAUUAUCACACAAUUAUCUGGUGAAGAUGGUCAAGGAUGGUGCAAGGGACGGCUCAAUGAUGCUGAAGGACUAUUCCCAGCUAAGUGGGUCGAAGCUGUCUAAAACAAUGAAAUGUAUUUCAUUCGCGGACACUUUGGGAUACGGCGCGUAGCUUCAUUUGCAAAGUUUAUUGGCAGUUAUAAUUGUGAACAUUCAAGAAUUUUAGAAUUUAAUGGGGAUGCAUACCCCUUUUCCGCCAUCCCCCCCAGUGUCCGCUACUGAUGUAUUGAAAUAUAAUUUAAAUACAUAUAGUAUUAUCUGCCGAGAGUCUCUAUUGCCGAUAUCAUAUUUCUAGUGUUAUAUGAGUUGAACCUUUCUUGUGUAAUAUAAUGUGUUUACUUAUCCUAGUUUUAAAUUGGAAGCUGGAUAUUUGAACAUAAAUUUGUAUAUACUCGCUAGCUUGCAUAAAAAUAACACUAAACGUAUAUCCAGUGUGUGAUGUCGAUAGACAGACGUAUAAUUUAGUAUUUUUAAUAUAAAACAUGCAUUUUAACCAUGUACAGUAUUGUAUAACAUACCAAAUUAUAUGUUUGAUUACAAAUGGUCUGACCAUAGAUAUCUCAUAUACACUAGAUAGCGCAUCCCACCCUGUAG